GUCAUGACGUAAGCGCACGCCGGCGCGCCGGAGGGGAGGAAUGCGGCAGGCGGAAAACUUAGGAAGAGCUGGAUUCCUCCCACGGAGAGCGUCCCUUCCAAGCGGCCCCGGAGUGGAGUGGAGUGGAUAGGGGUAGACUUUUCACACGGGGACAAAUUAUUACAGGAUAUCUGCACCCCCCGUUCCGAGUCACUCGGGCGCAUCGGUUACUUCAGCAGGUUCUCUGCAUCACGGACCCUUUUGAGGCUCAGGCCCUGUCCUACCAUGAGCUGAAGAGGCAGCAACAUACGUGUUUGGAGUUUAGUAGGGACUGAGAAGCGGGGAAAAGAACUGCCUAACCAAAGGGAAUCUGUGUGAGAAGGCAUGCCUUCAUACUUCAGGCAGUUUACAAGACAGCCUUAGCUUUCGUUUUCUGCUUGCUACGAGCCUUAAGGUCAGCCGGAAGCGAGUGACUGGAAACUUCUUCAUUCCCAUCUCUCUCCUGGAGUCUCACUCUGUCACCCAGGCUGGAGUACAGUGGUGCCAUCUCAGUUCACUGCUGCCUCCGCCUCCCAGGUUCCAGCGAUUCUCCUGCCUCAGCCUCCCAGGUAGCUGCAAUUACAGAUAAAUGUUGGAAUCAACUUGUCAAGUAAAAAAAAAGAAUCCAGUUGGAAUUUUGAUUAAAGUUAUAAUAUAUUUGUAGAUUAAUUUGAGACCAAUUGAGUUGUUUUCUCAUCUAGAAACAUGGCCAUUUGAAAAUCUCAAAGGUUUUACAGGAAAGUACAGAUUGAUGAAGAAAUGGCCAAAAACGGGAAAAGUGAACUUUAAAGUGAUUCAACUACAAAACGUAUGCUACUGAGCAAAUACUAGUGUAUUCCUCGCUCUGCGGCUUAACUCCAUGAAAAUCCGUGCAAAGGUUUUAGCGUUGGGAUUGUGACCGACUCGGUGAAGAGAGGGGACGAUCACCAAACCGUUAGAGCACUGGGGCUCUUGGCAGUGUUUGUCAGUUAUUUUCAAGUGAUAACUUGAAGUGAUACCGCAGGAAUAAAAUGCUGUAUCCAGAGCUGGUCGGAACGAGCACUACCUUUAACAAAAGCUGAAAAGAUCUGCCUAGGAAUUCGUUAGAAUACAGCCCUCUUACGUCUCUGACAUACCUAGUUAUGUGAACCGAGACUGUGCAGCUGACGGUGGAAAUUUCCUAAGCGCUUUUUAAACAACAGAACUGGACUCCCUCCCUCCUCCAUUCCCAGUCGGAUACGUCCCACCCAGAUCCAGCUCAAGGGUGCCGCACUUGUUCCGGCCAGCUCACAAUCGCCCUUUGGAAGGGAGGUUUCCCGCCAUUUCGCUUAGGAGGAGGGUGAACUCUUCUCCCUUCAUUCUCCACUCGCUGGGGGCCCGAGCCCACACCACCUUCCUAGCAAAGCAAGCAGCGGGACGCCAAGGCCAGCAGGCCGCAUUAAGAACCCUGGACUGAGCCAAAAGCCUACACAGACCAAGCCGCUCGGGAAAGGAUCAGCAACUGCCGACAACCCGGAGGGCCAAAACGCCCGCGGCGUGGGGGAAGCAAACUAGGAGGUGCGCGGGCCCAGCGCCAGCGGCGGGAGGAGGGAGCGCGGCCGUCGCAGGCGGGAGCGAAGGCGGGGACGGAGGGCGGGCUCGCUCCACUCGACUCCGGAUUGGUCGAGCUUAGAGAGCCGAGUGACGUCAGCGGGGGAGAACGCCUGAUUUGUGUGGUGGGCGCGGGCGGGGGGGAAGCGCAGUGCGCAGGCGCAACUGCCUGGCUCCGCUCGCCCCGGCGCUCCGGCCCAGCUCUCGCGGACAAGUCCAGACAUCGCGCGCCCCCCCUUCUCCGGGACCGCCCCCUCCCCCUUCUCGGCGUCGUCGAAGAUAAACAAUAGUUGGCCGGCGAGCGCCUAGUGUGUCUCCCGCCGCCGGAUUCGGCGGGCUGCGUGGGACCGGCGGGAUCCCGGCCAGCCGGCCAUGGCGGGGCUGUACUCGCUGGGAGUGAGCGUCUUCUCCGACCAGGGCGGGAGGAAGUACAUGGAGGACGUUACUCAAAUCGUUGUGGAGCCCGAACCGACGGCUGAAGAAAAGCCCUCGCCGCGGCGGUCGCUGUCUCAGCCGUUGCCUCCGCGGCCGUCGCCGGCUGCCCUUCCCGGCGGCGAAGUCUCGGGGAAAGGCCCAGCGGUGGCAGCCCGAGAGGCUCGCGACCCUCUCCCGGACGCCGGGGCCUCGCCGGCACCCAGCCGCUGCUGCCGCCGCCGUUCCUCCGUGGCCUUUUUCGCCGUGUGCGACGGUCACGGCGGGCGGGAGGCGGCACAGUUUGCCCGGGAGCACUUGUGGGGUUUCAUCAAGAAGCAGAAGGGUUUCACCUCGUCCGAGCCGGCUAAGGUUUGCGCUGCCAUCCGCAAAGGCUUUCUCGCUUGUCACCUCGCCAUGUGGAAGAAACUGGCGGAAUGGCCAAAGACUAUGACGGGUCUUCCUAGCACAUCAGGGACAACUGCCAGUGUGGUCAUCAUACGGGGCAUGAAGAUGUAUGUAGCUCACGUAGGUGACUCAGGGGUGGUUCUUGGAAUUCAGGAUGACCCGAAGGAUGACUUUGUCAGAGCUGUGGAGGUGACACAGGACCAUAAGCCAGAACUUCCCAAGGAAAGAGAACGAAUCGAAGGACUUGGUGGGAGUGUAAUGAACAAGUCUGGGGUGAAUCGUGUAGUUUGGAAACGACCUCGACUCACUCACAAUGGACCUGUUAGAAGGAGCACAGUUAUUGACCAGAUUCCUUUUCUGGCAGUAGCAAGAGCACUUGGUGAUUUGUGGAGCUAUGAUUUCUUCAGUGGUGAAUUUGUGGUGUCACCUGAACCAGACACAAGUGUCCACACUCUUGACCCUCAGAAGCACAAGUAUAUUAUAUUGGGGAGUGAUGGACUUUGGAAUAUGAUUCCACCACAAGAUGCCAUCUCAAUGUGCCAGGACCAAGAGGAGAAAAAAUACCUGAUGGGUGAGCAUGGACAAUCUUGUGCCAAAAUGCUUGUGAAUCGAGCAUUGGGCCGCUGGAGGCAGCGUAUGCUCCGAGCAGAUAACACUAGUGCCAUAGUAAUCUGCAUCUCUCCAGAAGUGGACAAUCAGGGAAACUUUACCAAUGAAGAUGAGUUAUACCUGAACCUGACUGACAGCCCUUCCUAUAAUAGUCAAGAAACCUGUGUGAUGACUCCUUCCCCAUGUUCUACACCACCAGUCAAGUCACUGGAGGAGGAUCCAUGGCCAAGGCUGAAUUCUAAGGACCAUAUACCUGCCCUGGUUCGUAGCAAUGCCUUCUCAGAGAAUUUUUUAGAGGUUUCAGCUGAGAUAGCUCGAGAGAAUGUCCAAGGUAUAGUCAUACCCUCAAAAGAUCCAGAACCACUUGAAGAAAAUUGCGCUAAAGCCCUGACUUUAAGGAUACAUGAUUCUUUGAAUAAUAGCCUUCCAAUUGGCCUUGUGCCUGCUAAUUCAACAAACACUGUCAUGGACCAAAAAAAUUCGAAGAUGUCAACUCCUGGCCAAAUGAAAGCCCAAGAAAUUGAAAGAACCCCUCCAACAAACUUUAAAAGGACAUUAGAAGAGUCCAAUUCUGGCCCCCUGAUGAAGAAGCAUAGACGAAAUGGCUUAAGUCGAAGUAGUGGUGCUCAGCCUGCAAGUCUCCCCACAACCUCACAGCGAAAGAACUCUGUUAAACUCACCAUGCGACGCAGACUUAGGGGCCAGAAGAAAAUUGGAAAUCCUUUACUUCAUCAACACAGGAAAACUGUUUGUGUUUGCUGAAAUGCAUCUGGGAAAUGAGGUUUUUCCAAACUUAAGAUAUAAGAGGGCUUUUUAAAUUUGGUGCCGAUGUUGAACUUUUUUUAAGGGGACAAAAUUAAAAGAAUAUACAGUUUGACUUUUUGGAAUUCAGCAGUUUUAUCCUGGCCUUGUACUUGCUUGUAUUGUAAAUGUGGAUUUUGUAGAUGUUAGGGUAUAAGUUGCUGUAAAAUUUGUGUAAAUUUGUAUCCACACAAAUUCAGUCUCUUACUCUGAUACACAGUAAUUGUGACAAUAGGGCUAAAUGUUUAAAGAAAUCAAAAGAAUCUAUUAGAUUUUAGAAAAACAUUUAAACUUUUUAAAAUACUUAUUAAAAAAUUUGUAUAAGCCACUUGUCUUGAAAACUGUGCAACUUUUUAAAGUAAAUUAUUAAGCAGACUGGAAAAGUGUUGUAUUUUCAUAGUGACCUGUGUUUCACUUAAUGUUUCUUAGAGCCAAGUGUCUUUUAAACAUUAUUUUUUAUUUCUGAUUUCAUAAUUCAGAACUAAAUUUUUCAUAGAAGUGUUGAGCCAUGCUACAGUUAGUCUUGUCCCAAUUAAAAUACUAUGCAGUAUCUCUUACAUCAGUAGCAUUUUUCUAAAACCUUAGUCAUCAGAUAUGCUUACUAAAUCUUCGGCAUAGAAGGAAGUGUGUUUGCCUAAAACAAUCUAAAACAAUUCCCUUCUUUUUCAUCCCAGACCAAUGGCAUUAUUAGGUCUUAAAGUAGUUACUCCCUUCUCGUGUUUGCUUAAAAUAUGUGAAGUUUUCCUUGCUAUUUCAAUAACAGAUGGUGCUGCUAAUUCCCAACAUUUCUUAAAUUAUUUUAUAUCAUACAGUUUUCAUUGAUUAUAUGGGUAUAUAUUCAUCUAAUAAAUCAGUGAACUGUUCCUCA